AUGCUCUUCACCUCCAUGGGUAUUUUCGGGUUGGUCCCGUUGGUCCACGCCGGGUUGGUCAACUGGUCGAACCCGAAGCGCGAUGCCAUCCUGUACUACGAGGGUGCCAUGGCAUUGUCGUACCUGACGGGGACCACGUUCUACGUGGCACGGGUGCCUGAGCGAUUUCGGCACGGGUGGUUCGAUUUGGCAGGACACAGCCACCAGAUCUUCCACGUGCUGGUGGUGCUCGGCGCGCUGGCGCAUUAUGGCGCCGCGCUCGUGUUCUUGGAGUAUCGUGACCAAGUGGGUUGCUAG